AUAAGAUCCUGGUUUCUGUGCUAAUUUAAGUCCUAAAUCAGUCUUCCGUUACUUCGCUUUAAACAUGGAUAGAGUGCUAACGCUUGAAACUAUCAAUCCCAAUAUGAUAAAAAUCGAAUAUGCAGUACGUGGGCCAAUCGUGGAACGUGCUCUUCAAAUCGAAAAAGAACUCAAGAAUGGUGAUAAAAAAUCCUUCAGUGAAGUUGUCAAGUGUAAUAUUGGUGACUGUCACGCAACUGGCCAAAGGUUCAUAACGUUCGUACGUCAAGUCACUGCUCUGGCAACUUUUCCCCAUCUCCUCAAAGAGAAGAGUUUUCCAGAGGAUACAAAAUCAAGAGCUAAGGAUUUGUUAGCAGCUUGUUCUGGUUCUAGUGUCGGUUCUUACAGUCACUCUCUGGGGCUGGAGUUAGUUCGUAAAGAUGUAGCAAAGUAUAUACAUCAACGCGAUGGUAUUGAGUCUAACUGGGAGAAUAUUUUUCUAGCUUGCGGGGCUACGGAGGCCGUAAAGAUGUUACUGGAAAUGAUAUCCACAACCGGUCGAGGCAGUGAACGCGCUGGUGUUAUGAUUCCAAUACCGCAGUAUCCUUUGUAUUCAGCUACGAAUUCCGAAUACAAUAACUUUCAGAUUAACUACUACUUAGAUGAAAGUGACAACUGGUCCUUAUCUGCUGAUGAAUUGAAACGAGCACUAACGAGCGUCAAAGGACAGUGCAUACCGAAAGCCAUAGUUAUAAUUAAUCCAGGAAAUCCAACGGGUCAAGUACUUCCUCAAAAAUGUAUGGAAGAUAUUAUUAAAUUUGCAGUUGAUAACCGACUGAUUUUGAUAGCUGAUGAAGUUUACCAGCAAAAUGUUUACCAGCCGGACAAAUAUCCAUGGGUUAGUUUUAAAAAAGUUUUGUUCAAUAUGGGACCAAGUUACUCAGGAAAAUUGGAAUUGGCCUCACUCAUGUCCUGUAGCAAAGGUUACAUGGGAGAAUGUGGAUAUCGCGGUGGAUAUUGUGAAUUAUUAAAUUUUGAUCCAGCUGUUCAAGCUCAGCUUUACAAAGCCCUUUCAGCACGAUUAUGUCCACCCCUAAUGGGACAGGUAGCAUUAGAAGCAAUCGUGAAUCCGCCUAAACCAGGUGAAGCAUCAUAUUCCUUAUUUGUCAAAGAACGAGAUGAUGUAUUAAGUGCAUUGAAAGAUAAAGCUGAUAUCACCUAUAGCGCACUGAAUUCAAUGCCAAAUAUGUCAUGUAAUCCUGUUCAAGGUGCAAUGUAUGCCUUUCCACGCAUACAUUUACCACCAAAAGCUAUUCAAGAAGCUAAAUAAUAUGAGUAAUUCACAAUUGUCAAUUACAGAGAAGAGGAGAAGCACCAGAUUUCUUCUAUUGUUUACAACUGUUAGAAGAAAAAGGUAUAUGUGUAGUUCCCGGUUCUGGUUUUGGGCAACAAGAAGGAACGUAUCAUUUCAGAACCACUAUUUUACCGUCUGUUGAGAAGAUGAAAUAUGUUAUGAAACAAGUUGAAGAAUUUCAUAUAUCAUUUAUGAAGAAAUAUUCUUAAUUCUAUAUUAUAAUAAAUUAGUUAGAAAAGAUACAUUAAUUCAAGACUAUCAUUCAGAUUAGUCAUGUAUCUAUAACUAAUUGUUCGUUUAUGAGUAGUGGGUUUAAACCUGUACCCACUUAUCCUAUUAAAUUUAUCAUUAUUUUUAAUAACUUAAUAUCAUGGUAACUAUUAAACUUUAUUAUUACUACAAUGUAUGUAUGUAUGUAUGCAUAUUAGUGAAAUUAUGUACAUGCAAAUUAAAUGCUCACCAAUUUACAUAAAUUCUAUUAUGUAUGAACAAUUCCCAAUAACUUCAAUCACAUUCUAUUGUUUAUUAUAAUUGUUUUUAAUUUUUUUUUUUUGGAAAAUAUAUUUAGUUAACGAAA